AUGCAGUACGGUUGGGACUUCUUCGAUCGUUCCCUGAUCGAAAAACUGACGGAGGUUAAAAAUCGCAACGCGAAGUUCAUCGACGAUGGUUAUGAUGAUACUACUGAGAGUCCAGAGGAGGAGGAAGAAGAAGAGAUGGGUUCUGGCUACGACAUAUUUUCAACGGAUGAAGAAUCUGAAGCGCUCGAAUUUGAAUUAAUUUUAGAGACAGCGUCCACGAAAUCUGAGCCGGCGGGGCGGGGUUCUUUUCUGGAGCGGCGGUUGAUGGUUAGAGAUUGA